AUGACAAAGGCUGUAAUGGUGAGGUGUUACCUGCUCUGUUUACUAACUCUUGUACUCUGUUGUGCUUGUGGGUUAGUAUGGGCUGAUAGUCCUAAAGGUUCUGAUGCCCUUAUUAAACCUUCUACUGUUGGUGUUCCUUCUCUUGUUCGUCGUGCUAUUCCUGCGCUUCUUCUCAAUCCUAUGUUUGACGAAGAAGAAGAACAAGAAAAGUGGUUGGAUGAGAUGGUUGCAGAAAACAAGGGUGUGUCUCACAAUCGACAAAACAGUGGUAUCGACUUCUCUGGUGGUUCAGGAGUAAAUGGCCAAGUGGUAUCUACUACUACAGCAGUAACCUCUCCAACGCAACCAAGUCAAGAACCUCCUUCUGCAAAACACCAAGCUCCAGCACCUUUGGGAGAUGCAAUCGCUAAAGAGAACCAUGCUAUUCAGCGAGAAACGAAAUCAUCAGGACAAGGACAGGAACAUAACGACACUAAUGAUGCACAAAACGGAGAAUCUGUGGUCACAUCACUGCAAGGAACUAUUGACGGGAAAGAGACUUCUGCUACUUCACCUCAGAAUACACCUGAGACUUCUUCAAACACUUCAGUCACACCGAAUGAUAACGAAUCUGGAGAUGCACAGAGUGAAUUACCAAGUACUCAAGAAGGUACUGCAGAUAAUACAGAAACUACCACCACCACUACCACCACUACCACUACUACUAGUACUACUACGACAACACUUCCUCCUGAACUCACAAACAACAAGAAGGGUGAUGCAGACAGCAGCAGCAGUAUCAGCAGUUCUGUGUGGGUGCGUGUGCCACUACUGAUUGUGGUUACACUGGCCUGUAAUCUUGUGUGCUGA